GUUUUUGCGUUGCUGUUACGAGUGGGGUCGAAGCGUUUUUUUUGUUUUGUUUUGUAUUUUGGGUGCUUACUAGGGUGUCAUUCUGUGCUAGAUAGAGGAGGCUCUGUGAUGGUCUGCUGAAUCGAGGAGGGUAUUUCAUGGCUUGCUGAAUCUUUCUCCAGUCGUUUCGAUCAGUCGGCCAAUUCUCGGCCCUCUUUUUGGGGUUUCGUCUGUCGUGUGGGUAGUUUGGGGUGGAGCUGCAUUCUGUGGUGCAUUACAGCUAUGGGAUUUUCUGUGUUUGUGAGAAUGCCUGCCAGGUUGCAAGUGCCGUGGCCUGGUUGAGACCAGAAGUUGGCUCAUGCGUACUCGUUAGGAAUGUUAGUCGUUGUUUCGCUCCUUAUUGCAGAGGUUUUGGAUUUUCCACGCCAAUGCUGGAUUCCUCCUGGUAGCUUUUCUGACAACGAAGUGAUUGCAUGGUAUCUUGACACUGGACAACUGGUUUAGAUCGUUGAUCGUUGAGGCGAAUUUUCUUUCGGGGGAAGAAUUAGUCGGAAUUAUGAUGUUAGUUGUUUAAAAACUAACCUAAGAAUUAGUUAGAUUUGAAUCUAGGAUCUAAUUAGGUCAAAUGUGAUUCGUACGAACAGACGUUUAGGGCUAAUUCCCUGUAGGAGAUCAGAAGGAUUUCUUAUUUUUCCUUCCAAGUCGCCGUGUUGUAUGUUCCUAUUCAUUUAUGAAGCGAGUGUGCAGAAUUUUUUGACGGGAUUUUAUGUAACUUCAUCUGUUACCUCAAAAUUCUGUUUAGCGAGGGUUUAGUUAGAAGUCACUGAACUUCUUGCCAUGUCUCGAAUGCUUCUGCGAGUCCAUUCUCUCUGUUUCCAAAGUUCGUUUUUUUAUCUUUUAUCUUUUUUCUUUUUUCUUCUUUUGUUCCCGAUUGUAAUAACCUAUCAAAUUUCGGCCCUGGAAACUUAAGAUGUGUUUUUGGGGGAUGUCGUCCCAGGUGUCGUCAGUGACAGAGCUCUUAAGACAUGAGAUGAAUAAUACUACAAUUCAGGAGAUGCAAAGCGACAUUGAAGAGCUCUUCGAUAAUGAAGGUGAACGCCCAUGUUAUUUGUCAGAUGAGACACAUUCUGAGACCGUGAAUGGAGCAAAAAACUCGGAUUUGGAAGCUGACAAUGCGGCUAAGCUUUCAGACCUAGACGUAAGUGGCAAUACACAACAGGAUUCAACCCAUGAUCUCAGCAAGGGGUCCUCUGCACCUAAACGCAUGGUGGAGGAAGUACCGGGAUUGGCACUUUUGGUUACUGAUGUUACAGAUGGAGAUGCUUUGUCCGAAGAUGCUAUCCAUGAUGGCUCCGUGAGUCUAAGCAGUAGCCGUGACGGAACUAGUGGUUACUUAGCAGGCAGUGGCAGUAGUACUGCUAGUGUCUGUAGUGCGAGUGGAGGCGAUGAAAAAGCUGAUCGAAUACCGAUUCAGGAGUCCAUACAUCUGGAAAGGCGAACUUGGAUUCCUGGAAAGCGUCAUCCAGAAGAGGAUGACACGUCCCCUUCGUGGCGAAAACACAAAAAACAUUUCUUUAUUCUUAGUAAUGCAGGAAAACCGAUAUAUUCUAGAUACGGGGAUGAGCACAAGCUUGCAGGUUUCUCAGCGACAUUGCAAGCUAUCAUGUCUUUUGUUGAAAACAGUGGAGACACGAUUCGAUUUGUAAAAGCUGGUGACUACCAGAUAGUCUUUUUGGUGAAGGGUCCACUUUACCUGGUGGCAAUCAGUGCUACUGAAGAGCCUGAGCAGGUUAUCAGGUGGCAGCUAGAGCUGCUACAUGCUCAGCUCAUUCUGAUUUUGACCAAGGGUGUGGAGAAAUGCUUUAUGAAAAACUCUAAGUUUGAUAUGCGCCCUUUGCUUGGUGGGACGGAUUCGGUGUUUUCUCAUCUUAUCCAUGCAUUCAGCUGGAAUCCUGCUACUUUCUUACGUGCGUACACUUGCCUUCCUCUUCCUUAUGUUAUUCGGCAGGCGGCUGCUGCUGCCCUUCAAGACAUACCUGAUUCUGGUGCUUUGUUCUCUCUUCUAAUGAGUGGUUCCAAGGUUAUAAGCCUUGCGACUCCUCGCAAAAGUUCCCUCUCUCCAAAUGAUAUCUUCCUUCUCAGCAACUAUGUGUCCUCCUCUGACUCUUUCAGAACAACGGAGUCGUUUUUUCCCGUCUGUCUACCAGGAUACAAUCCAACAGCAUUUCUUUAUGCAUAUGUGCACUAUCUAAACAACGACACAUGCCUGUUCCUUCUAACUGCCGAUCCAGAAGGAUUUUUCCGACUUCAGGAGUGCAGAGCACGGAUUGAAACCCUUCUGCGAGAAACCGAUGUGCUAGCCGAGGUUGCGAAUGCAGUGCGACGUGGAGGCUUACGUGUCGAGCAUUUGCUGGAGCCAAGGGCCUUACCUCUUUUGCUGGAUUCAAACACGAGUUCUAUUCUUGGCUCCUAUGGUGAUCAUGAAGUACAUGGACCAGGGGGAGUUGACAUGCUGGGUCUUGUAGGAACUGGGGGGCCUGCAGGACUUAGGCACUUUGUGUAUAAAACCAACUUCUUGGAUCAGUAUGUGGCUUCAGAAUUUUCUCCCCCACUACAUAUUCCUAGUGCGCAGAAAAGAUUGUACAGGGCAUAUCAGAAGCUACACACGUCGAUGCAUGGCACCGGAGCAGCAGGACCACACAAGAUGCAAUAUCGACGCGACGAUCACCACGUGUUUUUGUCUUGGAGAACUUCAGAUUUUGAGCUUCAUGCGGCUUUCGAUCCACUAGCAGACAAGAACUCUGCCGUGGCGGUGUGUAAUCGGCUUUGCCAAUGGCUACGUGAUUUGGAAAGUGAUAUCUUCUUCCUGGGAGGAACUCCUUUAAGUUGGUGGUGCUAAAUAGUUAAUAAUGGUUUAGAGGUGUAGCAAUCGUUGCAUUAUUUAGUAUCGAAGCGAUUUUUGAUGUUUUGUACAAGUUGUUAAAAGAUUACAAACCAGAAGAAGGUGGCAUCAAAUAGGAGCAAGUCUAUAUCUCCUUACAAAUUUUAUUCGCGGCUCAAAAAAUAUCUUACAAAACAUGUCCCUUCAAUUUAUUUGGUGGAGUUAGAAGAGCCAAUCACAAUCAUUAUAUCUUCAUGUAUAUAGCUACAGAAAGCUGAAAACAAAUAAAAACACAUGUCGACAUGAGGUCUAAAAUGUCAAUACAGAAGUUACAAUAUUAUUUGAGGUUGCUAGCAUUGUUAAAGUAGGAUUCUACAAUAAAAUUCAGUGCCACAUCUUAGCAGUUCAGAUAUAAUGUUCUUUUUUCAGGAGCUCAAGAUACUGUAACGGAAAAUAUGGCAAUGGAAAAUAGAUUGUUUUUGGUGCA